AUGAAACUCCAUUCGUUUCCCCCGCCGCAAGGUGGCCAUGUCACGACGACUGUUCUGAUAAACAAUGUUCACUGUGCAUCCUGCCUUUCCUACAUCCAGGAUGUCCUCAGCACAUUACAGCCUGCGCCACUGACGAUUAGUGCUAACUACAUAUCACACGAAGUGACGAUAGUCCACUUUCCCGACCACUCUGCAAACGACAUCGCUCGAGCUUUAUCGGAUGCAGCAUUCGAAGUGCAGAGUGUGCAGACCGUCGACGAAUCCGGCCAUGUUAUUUACGAGCAAGAUUUGGUCCAGACCAAUCAAGAAUGGUUGGACCAGGCUGCUCAUAUGCUGAGCGAACAAACAUCAACUCUGCCACGGUACCAGACGGCAGCACAUUAUGAAUUCAGAGACGAUGCCGGCUACCAAUUUAAUGAGAAGCAUUUAGACCACUGUGUUCUUUGUCAAAGAUCGAACGAAAAAUUGGACACGUCGCAGGAUGUAAUCGUGGCGAUACCUGAGGCGCAAAGUUUUACAGCCACUCUCAGUAUCACUGGGAUGACUUGUGCGGCAUGCAUUCUCUCCAUUAAUGAAGGGGUUCAAGGACUGGAGUUCUUGACGGAUGUUAGCGUCAAUUUACUUACUAAUAGUGCAACUGUCACCUUUACCGGCCCGAAGGAUAACAUAGAUCAGAUUGUCGAGAGAAUCGAAGAUAGAGGAUAUGACUGCGACGUCGAGAGCGUCGUUGAAGUUGGACAACCUCAGCAAGCAAGCCAGGUGGUGGAAAGGACAAUCAUGAUCAGAAUCGCAGGAAUGUUCUGCGAUCAAUGCCCACGACGGGUUGUCGAAGCUUUUUCAUCACCGUUCCAGGGACGACUUGCCAUCGACAAACCACCAUCGUACGACGACCCUAUCAUCGUGAUUACAUAUCGUCCCCAACCUGGCAUCAUUACUAUCAGAAGUAUCCUAGGUAUCAUACAUGGAGUCAGCGACCAACUCAGAGCCACUAUAUACCAUCCUCCAACGAUUGAAGAGCGCUCGCGAGUUAUGCAGCUCCACGAACGGCGUCGUCUACUCCUGCGGCUUCUCCUCAGCUUCAUCGUCGCAAUUCCAACCUUCCUCAUCAGUGUCAUCUGGAUGAGUCUAGUUCCCUCAACCAACCGUGUACGGAUAUUCUUCCAACAAAACAUGUGGACUGGCGCCGACACUCGCGCCGAGUGGGCGCUUUUCUUCCUUGCAACGCCUGUGAUGUUCCUCGCUGCCGACGUCUUUCACGUUAGGGCAAUCAAGGAAAUCCGAGCGUUAUGGAGCCGGAAUAGUCAAGUCCCAGUUCUUCGCAGAUUUUACCGUUUCGGAAGCAUGAAUCUGCUCAUGUCCGCGGGAACGUCGGUGGCGUACUUCCCUUCGAUCGCUGUACUUGCCUUAGACGCGCAACAAACUGGGCAACGCAACAGGCGACCAUCAACAUACUUCGACACGGUUGUGUUCUUGACGAUGUUCAUUCUCGCUGGACGCUACUUAGAAGCCUACAGUAAAUCUAAAGCCGGUGAUGCUGUCACAAUGCUCGGAAAGCUCCGGCCAACCGAAGCUUUACUCGUGAGCUCCAAUUCGGAAUCGGAAGAGAGUGUCAAUGUCGAUAUUCUUGAAAUCGGAGAUGUUGUCCGAGUACUUCAUGGCGCAUCCCCACCAGCCGAUGGCACAAUCAUCCUAGGCAGUUCCACGUUCGACGAAAGCUCUUUGACAGGAGAGUCUCGGCCUAUCACCAAGAACGCUGGCGAUCAAGUCUUUACCGGAACAGUCAACACCGGUAAACCGAUAAAUAUCCGAGUCACGGGAGUCUCGGGUGCAUCCAUGCUCGACCAAAUCGUCAAAGUCGUCCGUGAAGGGCAGGCAAAAAGAGCUCCAGUGGAGAGGGUGGCUGAUAUAUUGACGGGGUACUUCGUUCCAGUCAUUACCCUCAUCGCUGUAUCAACGUUUACUGUCUGGUUUGGACUAGGUCAGGGUGGGGUGCUCCCGGAGAGCUGGCUUGAUGUCGACACAGGUGGAUGGGCAUUCUGGGCAUUACAGUUUGCCAUUGCAGUCUUUGUCGGCGCGUGCCCCUGCGGCAUUGCCCUUGCUGCCCCAACAGCUUCAUUCGUGGGUUCUGGACUAGCCGCACAACAUGGAAUAUUGGUCAAAGGAGGAGGAGAAGCGUUUCAAGAAGCCUCUGAUCUGGACGUGGUCGUCUUUGACAAAACCGGCACGCUUACUGAGGGCGGAAAUCCGACUGUGACAAACCACGAUAUCAUAGCUUCUAGUGAGGAGAAUAUGAGGGACAUCUGGGCAAUCACGCAAGCGCUGGAGGAGUCUUCAAGCCACCCCAUAGCAAAAGCAAUUGCUACGCUCUGUAAAGAACAAAAUCGCACGACCAUCGCCGACUCUUCGAUUGAAGAACUGCCUGGUCGCGGUCUCAAAGGCACAUUUACUAUCCAUACGCCCGCCAACGAUACUCAGUACGAAGCUGCCAUCGGCAGUGAAGCUUUCAUCUCCUCCCUCGGCACUCCGAUAACCACCGAGCAGUCCAACGUUGUUUCUAUAUGGAAAUCUGCCGGUAAAAGUGUCGCUCUUCUGGCAUUACGUCCACUAUCCCUCUCAGGCGGCGACGGAACCACUUUCAAACUUGUUGCACAAUUUGCGACCACUGAUUCUCUCCGCCCUGAAGCUGCUUUCGUCCUUUCUGCUCUGCGUGAGCAAGGGUUAAGUAUCUGGAUGAUCUCUGGCGACAACCCCACAACUGCAACAGCAGUUGGGCAUCAACUAGGUAUCCCUGCCACCAAUAUAAUUGCUGGCGUUCUCCCUUCGGAAAAAGCCGAACGAAUCCGCUGGCUACAAGACUCCGCCCCUAGACGUAACGGGAAACCAGGAAGAGCAAUGGUUGCUAUGGUUGGAGACGGUAUCAACGAUUCUCCCGCACUCACUGCCGCGGACGCCGGAAUUGCCAUCGGCUCUGGCUCAGAUGUCGCCAUAUCAAGUGCCAAAUUCGUGCUAGUGUCCUCAAACCUGCACUCCCUGUUGACUCUUAUCACACUCUCCCGCGCUGUUUUCCGGAGAGUCAAGUUUAACUUUGCCUGGGCACUGGUGUACAACGCUGCCUUAGUUCCGAUCGCGGCAGGAGUGAUUUAUCCGGCGCCUGGACACCCGAAGCUGAACCCUGUCUGGGCGAGUCUGGCCAUGGCGUUGAGUUCUCUGAGCGUCAUAUCCUCUAGUCUGGUUAUGAGAACAGGCAUUCGUGUCAUUGGGUAUAGGGCAUCAGGGAGCCAGAGGAAAGACAAGGCCCAGCCGGGCUUCCACUGA